ACAUUUCAGUUUAGUUAGACUUGACAGUAGUGUGUAGAUUUGGUGACAUAGUCCGGUUUUGUGAGCUUUUGUGUAGUAUACUGUCGUUAUUUUGCUUCACGGUCCACUUAAAUGAUAUCUGAUAGUGGUUAGCUUAAUGUAAAUGUGAGAAUGUACAGUUUUUGUUCGAGUAUGUAACGUUAGCUGAUACUGUAGCUAGCUUUCCAGAGCUUUUCUGAAGAAGUUGGUGUUAGCAGCGGCAGUUCACUGACACUCGGCUACAUGGCAACUUAAUGAUACUUUUUGUAAUUGUAUCUGCAAAGUCCGUCCUGGCGUUAUAAUUUUGCGGGGUCGUUGUUUUUAAGGAAAAUGUCUCAGUUUGUUGACCCUGACGAUACCACUCCAUUGCUCCGCGAUGAUGCAAGUAGUGAGGACUCUCAGGAUGAAGAUUACAAGAGUCGGUGGAGGUCUAUCAGAAUCAUGUACUUCACCAUGUUUCUCAGCAGUGUAGGUUUUACUAUUGUCAUCACAUCACUGUGGCCCUAUCUGCAAAAGAUUGAUGCUAGUGCUGAUGCCAGUUUCCUGGGAUGGGUGGUGGCAGCCUACAGUCUGGGUCAGUUGGUGGCCUCACCCAUGUUUGGCCUUUGGUCCAACCAUCGACCAAGCAGGGAGCCACUGGUUUGCUCCAUCUUCAUCAACCUGUCAGCCAAUAUCUACUAUGCAUAUGCAUACCUGCCCAGAACAGAGCACAAAUUCCACAUGCUCAUCUCCAGAGCCUUUGUGGGCUUUGGAGCAGGCAAUGUUGCUGUGGUGAGGUCCUAUGUUGCUGGAGCUACAUCGCUGAAGGAGAGGACCAGUGCCAUGGCUAACAUGAGUGCCUGUCAGGCCCUGGGUUUCAUCCUGGGACCAGCUCUGCAGGCAUGCCUAUCAUUCAUUGGUGAGGAUGGUGUCACAGUCAAGUUCAUAGACCUGGAGCUUAACAUGUACACUGCUCCUGCUCUCCUGGCUGCAGCCUUUGGCAUCAUCAACAUCCUGCUGGUUCUUUUGGUGCUAAGAGAGCAUCGUGUUGAUGACCAUGGAAAACACAUUCGAGCCAUCAACUACACAUCUGAAGAUAGAGUUGACACGAGUGAAGAUACUGAGGAGACCAUCGAUCAGGUUGCGGUCCUGACUUCCAACAUCCUCUUCUUCGUUGUCAUGUUUAUCUUUGCUGUCUUUGAGACAAUUGCAACCCCUUUGUCCAUGGACAUGUUUGCUUGGACAAGGAAAGAAGCUGUGUUCUACAAUGGCAUCAUCAUCUGCUGUAUUGGAUUUGAAUCCAUAUUGGUGUUUGUAGUUGUGAAAGUGGCCUCUAAAAGGGUCGGGGAUCGUCCUGUGUUGCUAGCAGGGUUGGCCAUUAUAUUCUGUGGCUUCUUUAUUCUGCUUCCAUGGGGAAAUCAUUAUCCUAAAAUUCAGUGGGCAGACCUCAAAAACAACUCUUUGCUUGGUCAAAUGUCUGAAACCACGAUGGCCUCCAACAGCUCUUUGGAGCCAACGGGCUGCCCGUAUGAACAGACCUGGUGCCAGUAUACUCCUGCCAUUCACCUGGCCCAAUACAUCUCAUCUGACAUCCUCAUCGGGGUGGGAUACCCAGCCUGCAACGUGAUGUCCUACACACUGUAUUCCAAAAUCCUUGGACCCAGACCUCAGGGUGUGUACAUGGGGUGGUUGACAGCCUCAGGAAGUGGGGCGCGGACAUUGGGCCCUAUCUUUGUCUCCCACGUCUACACCAUCCUGGGACCCCGCUGGGCUUUCAGCCUCAUCUGUGGUAUGGUGGUGGGGGCCAUCAUGCUCCUCAGCUGUCUUUACCACAGACUCAUUGCCUUUUCUGUACGCCACGGAAGCAUUGUAGAAUAACAAGUGAAGAUUCCAUCUGGAGAAACCGAUGGCAGUGUGAUGCUUUUAUUCUCAAAGACUUCAAGCCACUGUUGAUGGUACUUACUUUAAAAUGUGGUAAUUGAUAAGCGUUUGAGAGUAACUCAGGGUUGACCUUUAAACUCAAAGUCGAAGAGAUAAAGCCAGGUUGUUUCUCGUGGCUUGACCAAAGACGGCUACUUUGCGAGUUAAAAGGGAGCUAGCACCGCAGCUGCACUUUAACUCACUUGUAGUGGAAGAAGCAACUUGACUUUUUUGUAAUCUUUUAUGGCAUUUCCUCGUAUGACGUGGGUCCAUGAUUUCAAAUAAUAGUUUUUAAAUCAAGAAGUUACUAAAUAUUUGUUACUGAAAGCUCAAGUUUUAUGUAAUUGCUUGGUUGGUUUCAAAGUUGACUUAAUUAUAACAUUUUUUUAACACAGACUACUUUAGCAAAACCUUUCACAGAAUGUUUAUUUACUAUAUUAUAGCUAUAAUUUGUGGAAUGUACAUGCACAUGGAUUAUGCAAUGGGAAUGAUGGUAACAGGAAAGUAAAUUUGAUCAAAUUAUUUGAAUACAUACUGAUAGUUUUCACCUACAUAAAAUGUGCUGACUGCUGAAUUAAUUGAUUUUAUUGAAUGUCACAUUCCCUGUACUGUAUUGACUGUACUCACUCACUGAACAUCUUUGAAACUGUUAUUUUGCUUUUUAAGUGGAAAAUAUGAGACAUAUCGGUUUCACUCUGAUUGUCAUUGUGCAAGGAAUGUGACCCUUGAGAGAGAAGUAAGCAUUACAUAGAGGGUUUAGAUGAAGAUUUUCAAGUGAAACACUUUCAGAUUUGGCUAUCUUCUUGUAAAAUAAUGAUGUAUGUAUAAUAUUUUAAGUAUUUUACCUGUUUCAGUUAAAGGCACCAUUUUGUGGUUGUUUCAAACUACAAGUUGUUGUCUAGCUGAAUUCAGAAACUGAUGGGUGGCUGCUAAUGACAUACUGAGUGACACAUUAAAGAAUUAAUGUGA